AUUGUCACUUCACAUAUCAAAUGAUGUCUACAGUACAAUGGAAGAGGUCUCAUAUUGUGGCCAUGGCAGUCUCUGUCGUCUUAGUGAUCUUUAUCCUGUACAGUAGUUCUAGUCACUCUCUAUCUACUGUCCACCCAAAAGCUCCUAGCAGUAAGACAAUGAAGCAGCUUAAUACAGUCUACUCUCAUUGGCCAAGACUACAAUUACCAGACAAUGCUUUGGAUGUAUAUACUAACUUCAAGAAAGAUUGUCUUCAAACAUCAUCAUCAUUGACUAUGAGUCUGGCUGAAAUCCAGCAGAUUAAAAAAGAUUGGUCAAUGGCUACUGAUUCUCAUUGCAGAGAUUUGUACAAAGCCUUUACAUCCAUCUUCACCAUAACAGAUUUCCCUGCCCGAGUGGUCAUACCUAAAACAUACGAGUCUAAAGUCCGUAAAUGGCUUGGAAAUAAUGAUGCUCUCUUUCAAAAUGCCAAACAUCAGACUGUCCUUUAUGUUUACAAUGAAUACACAAAAGAAGAAAAUGUGUUUAACCCACUGCGAGAGAAAAGGCCAAUAGCUAAACCUGAUCAGCCAGAGAGAGAGUACGUUGAAGAACUUUACAAGAAGACUAAGCCUACCUGUGAUUUCUGCAAGUACAAAGAAAAUACUGCAGAGGAUGUGUUCGGACGUAUAGAGUCAAAGCUGUCUUUCUCUGCAGCCAACACGUUCAAGCUUGGGGCGUGGCAUACACUGAUUCUGCCUAAAAAACAUCAUCCCUUGAACUGGACUAAAGAAGAGUACCUUGAUCUCGCGAAAACCUGUAUAAAGUGGAUAGACAAGGCUCACGAACAGAACAAAGCCUUUGUGUACCCUAUGUUGAUAAUGGAUCUACUGCCACAUGGAGGAGCUAGUCAGAUACAUCCUCACAUUCAUGCGUUUCUGGACCGAGACCGAUACCAAGGAGCAAUGGAGAACUGGCGUAUUGGUGCUCAGCGCUAUAGCGAGGACUUUCCAGGCAGGAACUACUUCACUGAUCUUAUAUCUGUCCACUCUGCACUGGGAUUAGGAGUUACCUUUGGAAAGGCUGUUGCUUUUGCAAGUCUUCUUCCUAAAAGGGACAACGAGGUAGUGAUUAUCAGUGAGGAGCCAGGUGACGACUAUUUCAAGCUUAUUUACUUUGUUUAUAGAGCAUUUCUUGAUGAUAUGGAGAAGCUGUGCUAUAGUUCAGGAUAUGCAUUGCCAAGUCUGGACAAGGUCAAUCCAGGCCGUCUACCUGCUUACACCAGGAUAGUGACCCGCGGGGCUGUAGCAAGUGUACGCUCAGAGACAAGCUCCCUGGAACUCUUUACUUCUCAAAAUGCUAAUACAGAUCCAUAUCGGGUGAUUGAUUAUGUGAGGAAAUCCAUUGCCAAGCGAUCAUGACCAAGGAAAAAGAUCUACAGUAUCAUUAAUAUGUUACGAUGAGAUUGUUUUUAUGUAUUUUUCACAACAAAUAUCUAUGCACUGUUAAAAGGGUAACUUAAUCUGAGAGAACAUUGCGUCUUCUAGUGUAACUGUAUAUGAUAGUUAAACAUGAUACAAAUACCCCGGGUAGGUGAUGUUCUUUUCAUAUUGGUCGAUUAGAGUUUGUUACUAUUAGAAUUCUAUAUAAGUUAUGUUAAGGAAGAACUAUGAGUAAUUCAAACCAUUCUAACAAUAUGACAUCAGUUAAAUUUUGAUAGGCAGUACUAUGUUAUGAUGUUGUUUGCCUGUCCAUCAUCAUUUUGAAUGGCAAUCUAUAUAUUUUUAACUGAUCUCGUUGUAACUUAAUAGGCUUAAUAAUUUAUUUGACAUUUUUUUAAUGUCCCCAAAUCACAAGUUUGGGGGACAUAUUGUUUUUAUGUUGUCUGUUGUCAACUUUAACCUUGCCCAUAAAAAUUGCAUUGUAAGAGGUAGGUCUUUAUAUUUGGCAUGUGUGUUCCUUGUGGCAAUACCGUUCUGGUGGUACCAAAAGUAUUGACCAAGUGACCUUGACUGUAAACUUUGACCUACAUUUGAAAGUAACAAAAAUAAAAAAUACUAAGAAGACCAAAAUGUUUCACAAAGUGUGCAUGCAAUUAGCACAUGCAUUACUUAGUACAGCUUUAAUGUCCCACUUCACAAUUUUAUUGCAACUGGGAUCAGUUAUAGUUUUUCAUAUUGGUUUAUUUUGGGGCUUAAUCAUUAUAACUACAGGUUGUAGCUUCUCGAGUGCCAUGUUGAUCCAAAAUUUUCAAGGAGUUAAUUCCCUUUGCUUUUCCUUUCAUUCUUGUCCAAACCUUAUGUCAAAGGUUAACUGGUCUAUAGUUUAAUUUCAUAGGUUUUAUGAUAAUAUCUCUAAAGUUGAUCUUUCUUUGUGGUUUUUUAAUUUAACAGUUUCACUUUCCUGUAUUUUUUAUGUAUAUUUUAUUUUGAUAAAAUGUUUUUCAUUCAGAUAUAAGACUGACGUAUGUUUUCAUUUUGAAUGAAUCUUAUUAUAUGUACAUCUAUCAUAUGGUAUCUAAUAUGUUUUCUCACCUUACAGUUAAAACUUGUCUUGAAAUUCUUGAGUCUAAAUUCUGUUUGAGUCAAAAUAAUCUCCAAGUCCCAAUUUUUUUCCUUCUUUAUCUUUGUUAUUGUAGGUUGUAUGACUUGAAUUUCAUUUAGUCAAAAUUUUGUUAACAUUGCGGUGAAUAUUCAGUCCCUUCAGUUGUAAGGUAAGAGGAAAGUCAAUGGUUCUUUUGUUGUUUGUUUUUGGGUUUUUUUUAAUCAAAGAAAUACUGCUCUGUUGUCAGCAUCAUGCUAAAGUACCAGAGCAUCAUCUGUUUUACAUAGUCAAUCUUUAUUAUACCCCCCACCCAACUUUAACAUAUGUAAGGGAUGAAGGGGGGAUGUAUAGUAUAGUAUUUACUUUGUGCAUCUUGUGUAUGUGGUAAUAAUAUUUUGUAUGACAUAUCUCAUGAACCCUUUGAUAGAUUUAAUUCAUAUUCACACCAUAGCAUCAUCCCACUAAGGUCACCCCUGACCGUACCAUGGCUUAGAGGGAACAAAAGGUGGGGUUGCUCGCUUUCUUUAUAUUUUAAUUUUCUUUUUCUCUUUUUCUUGCCCCCACUCUUAUCGAUUCACAGGAGAUAUUCAUUUUUCAUUAGGAUAAGUUUAUAAAAAUGUACAUAUUUUAAAAUCUAAAAUCACAUUUGCCAAAUUCAGAUUUAACAAUCCUGCAAGCUUUGUAAUUUGCCAUCUAAAUUACAUUGUUUCAUGAUGGUCAGUAAAUGUUUUGUAAACAAACCAAGCAGUAGCAGUGGACACUGCUGGUAUUUUGUUUGUCAUUAUUGUACUGUUCAGUAUUUUAACAGCACAGAGCUAUCAUCAAGAUUAAAGCCAUGUAAAAAAAAUAUGCUCAAAUACUUUGUUCCUGGAAUCAAACCCUGGAUGGCUAGAUGAAAGGCGAAUGUGUUAUCACUGUGUCACGCUUAUAUAUGGAUAUCUGUAAUUAGAGGGCUACACAAAAGAAAUUAUUCAAUAUCCAUGCUGUCCAUCAUAUUGACAUAUCAAUAUGAUGGACUGUAUCAGCAUUUAUAUCAAACCAAAAUCUUCUAAUAAUUGGCCUGAAUAACAAUCAUAACUAACCAAAACAUGAAAAAAUUAUUUACAUACAUGUGAAACUGUAACAGUUCAGUGAUGAAAUUUCCUGGUAUCUGAUCAAAAGACAGUAAUGGUAGAAAACAUGACUCCAUUAGGCACCCAUUAAUAAUCCAUUGGCUGAAGAAAUCAUAUCAAAAUGUUAUAUGAAUGAAUAGCAGAAGGUCAGAUGAUGGCAUGUGAUAUCUGAAAAUGAUUUGUUCAUGUAUGUGGUCAGGCCCAUGAUACUUUAGCUAUCAACUGAUGAGGAAUCACAUUUAGGUCAUUCCUGUAGGUGUACAUGUGUGAUGGGAAAGAAGCUAGUAAGGUGACAUGCAUUCUCAUCUUCAACAUAUGUAUAUGUGCAAAAGAGCCAGUCAUAAAAUAUACAUAUCUAUAAUUGUUUCGAGAGAAACAAUCAAUUGUUGUAUUUUUGUAAACAUAUUGUAGCCUAUUAAUGAAUUUCCUGCACCAAAAUGUAAACAUAAUAUAUCUAUCAUUGAAAUGAUAUGUAGUGGUUACUUCAAAUGAAGUCAUAGUUACCUUUUACUAGAAGCGACACUAUGGGAUCAGAGCUUGCUGUAAAAACUCAGAAGUAUAUAUGUUGGACUCUGUCUAAGCCGGAUAGUGCAAUCCAGAUAUCUGCCUAUUCCGGUCAAAUAAGGAAGUCCCAAUUCCAACAACAUCAUUGGACUCUCUACAAUCCGGAACUCACUAAAAAGCAGUCAAAUUAUUUGGUCCCAAAGAUGCUUGGUUUAGGCAGAUUUUGCUGUAUAUUUUCUGUACAAAUUGAAAGUGUUUGUAAGAGUGCUGAGGAGGAAAAUAAAGGUCUCAAAUUGAAAUAGUCUAGUCCCGAAGGUUAACCAGAUAAAACACUUGUCUUUGUCUUGGUUUUUUUUUUCAUUUACUAUUUUAGUAUUCUUGUGCAAUACUUGUAAUGUCAUACUAUGAUACAAACAUUGAAUAGAAAUAUUUUUUAACUCCUCUUAAAGAAUUUGUUAAAGGAUUUCAUUUCUGUAUAUUUUGCUGUUUAUUGGUACAGUGUAUGUUCAUAUUCUGUUUGCUUUAUUUCCCUGAUAGAAUCAUCUGUAUUAUCAUGCCUUUAGUAUUUUAUGAGAAUGUUAAAGAUUUCCUUCAUUUCCAAAUCAAUGAGGUCAAGUAUAAAAAAGACAUGAAUGAGUUUUAUGUUGUAGCGUUCCAAAAUCAUUGUCAACAUUAUGAGGUUUUUGCAUUGAAUCUGAACAUGAGGCAUCUUUAUUUCACACAAUCUGUGUGUUGUGUACAUGUACCAGUAUUGAUGUUCUGUUCUAAAUUUAUGGAGGGGACACAUACAGAAUGAAUUCACAUGUUGAGUAACAAGAACUGUUUAUAGGUAUGUAUGUGUUCAUAUUGAAGAUGUCUUGGACUGACACUUCGUAACAUUUUGUUAGCUAGAAUGCUGAAGCCAAACAAAUAAUCUCCAAUCCUAGAUUUGGAUUGGGGAAAAUGCAUUAAAAGUGCCAUUCACUUGUGUGUCUUUUCUACUUUUCAUGUGUUAGGUGUAUAGUAAAAGUGAAUGCGAUAAUCUUCACCUUGUCUGCAUGUACCCUCUGUUUGAAGGAGUGUAUGAUUUUUUUGUUUUGUUUUGUAAUUGACCUAAUUGUGUAUGUUUUUGUUUACACAUGUCUGUUUACUUUCUAUUUUUGAUAAUGUCAUCAUGAAUGUCUUCAUUUUUGCAUUGUAGAUAUAUCUAUCAUUAACAGUAUAUUGCCAAUGGCACCCUUGAAUUAAUCAUUAUUUGCACAUGUAAUUAACAAUUUAUCACAUACAAUUAAUCUUAUUUAGUUACCUGGUAUCAUUGAUAUGACUAAGGACUAAUUUUGAUUAUUUAAUGUUAUUGAGCCAUAACACUCCAUUUUUCGUGUUACAGAUCAUCGACUUGAAAAAAGUUUAAAUAUAAUUCUUUUAAUUUGAGCACAGGAUUGCAAUAGUUUGACAUAUAUAAUUGACUCUUUUCUUUCAUAAUUUCUUGCAUCGCGCAUUAACCAAUCCAAUUCAACAUUAGAAAAUAACAUUGAUGUAUUCAUGUCUUGUGAUAACAUUUAAAAAUGCCCAAUAGAAAUGUUUGUUUCGUGUUGGAUUAGAUUGCAACACUGUAUCUUAAUGAUUUGCAAUGUAUAUCUAAAUUGUGUGUUAUAUGUCUAGAUCAUUUACACCUAGCGUGACAGUUGUAUGUGGUCAUGAUUUAAUUAUUAUGAACAACUGACCAUUACAUUCCAACCAUUAUUAUCAGGUACUAUGAAUAAGCAUAUUUGUCUAUUUUAUUUCCUUUGUUUCCUAUCGUGUAACUAUCUGUCUGGUUUUUUUCCCUCAUUUUUUCUUGUUUUGAAGCUUUUUUGAUCUUGUAUGAUGCAGUAGGCACACAUUAUGUAUGACAUAUACCAGUACCUGUGAUAUAACAGUGUUAAAAGUAUAAGUCCAUUGACACAAUAUGA